AUGUAUUAACAGAACAAAAAAUCAAGUCAGAGAAAUUAUCAGAUGAGUCGAGCUAAUUCAAAAUUUCCUUAGAAUGAGAAAUCAACUUCUCCUUCUAUGCAAUCGAGACAACAAAUAACUCCAAAGAGAAAACAAUAAUUUUCCUAACCAAAAUUUGAUACUACAAAUAAUUAUCUUCAAUAGCCUGUUACUAGGGAACACAUGCUAAAAUUCUUAGAAUAAAUCGCAUUUGCAGUAGAAAAUGUUUAAUGCAUUUUGUCUCAACCAGAAAGUGUCCAAAAUAAAUUGCCAGAAAAUAUAGCUUAAUAAAAAAACAAAUUCAAAAUUACCUAAGAAUAAUAAACAGAUCAUUCUUUUAUUUAGUAACAAAAACAAAAUAAAUUUCAAUUUGCAAAUAAAAAAACCUAAACGCCUAAUAGAACUUAAUCAUACUACUAAGAUAGUGAAUUAAAAAAAUUUAAGGUAACUAAAUUAAAAACUGAAUUUUCAGAGGAAAGUGAUACCACAGAAAAACAAUCAUUUAAAUUACCCAAUAUAUAACAAUAAUCUUCUACAGUAAAAUAAAAGAUCAGUAAAAUAUUACCAGAUGGGACGAAAAACAGAAUUUAAUCAUAAGUUAUUUAGUACUAGAAUUUUAAAAAUCAAAAAGACAACCACAAAAUAUAGUCUUAACAUACCAAGGGAUACCAUCAAGAAUCCUAUUCAGAUAUAUCUAAUAAGCCUAAUGAAUCUUCAAAGUAAAUCCGAAUCAAGACAGAGUAAUCUGAAAGCCAACAGAGUGUCAUCACACCGAAACAUUCAAAAAUAAAUCAAGAUGGUGAAACUCAGAAAAAAUAAAAUAACAUUCUAAAGAAAGAUUAGUCUUAGCUACACUAAACAAAAAAAGUGCAGGAUGAUCCUUAAAAUAUCUAAUAGGAACAAUAAAAUUAAUCUAUUCGAAGCAAAACAUCAAAUGAACCAGUCAAUUAAGAUACAAAGUAGGAUUAUAUUUUUGAUCCUCAAACAUCACAAGAUUAUAAUAAGAAUAGUUAACCAGUUUCAAUUGAGAAAGGAGAUUCUUAAAAUAUAGAAAUCAAACAGAAAACCAAGAAAAGACCUAUACAUAUAAAGCAAACAAAUUAAGGAAAUAAUGAUGGGGUUUAAAUUGAUAAAUAGGAAUUGUCUAUUAAUUCCAAAUAAAAUGACAAUUCCUUAUCAAAAUCAGAUAAAUUAAAUGAAACUUCAAAGGUUUAGGAAUAAAUUCCUUCUAAUUAAUAAAGAUCUUCAUAAAAUAAUGAAGAAUAAAUCCAGAAUAAUAAAGAUGAUGAAAAUAUGGGUUAGAACAAAUUAUAAGAUGAUUAAGCAUCAAUGGAUUAAAAUAAAAUAUAAGAUGGUUAAAUAUCUGAAUAGCAGAAUUCGAAAGUAAUUUCUAACAUACAAUCUCAAAACCAAAAUAAAACUCUUGAAAAUAAAGAAUUUUAUUUUGAACCUGAAGAAGAAACAAAAGUAAUUUCAAAGCUUUAACCUAAAACUAAUUUAUAAGAUUAAUAACAAUUGAUGAAUAAAACUAGUUCUACUGUGAAAAGUAUUUUAGUACAGAAAAAAGAAGAUAUUGUAGAAUAAGGAAUAAAGGAUUAAAAACAUCUAAAUUAAAAUGAUACACAAUAGUUACCAUAAAUUGAAAACACUUAGAACCAAUUACGGGAAAAGAGCUCUAUUAAUGAAGCCCACGAUUAAGAUUAAAAAUCUGAUGAAGGGACUAAAUAAAUUACAAUGAGAAAUGAUUUAGUAAAAAGCCUCUCUUUAGAGAAUUAACAAGGAGAUAUUGGUGACAAACCAAAAAGUCUACAACAGAGUCAAAUCCGUGCUAAUAAUAAUGAGUAAAUAAUAUGCAUAUAUUUUAAGCUUAAAUAAAUAAUAAGGACUUACUGAUUAAAUCAAAGAAAAUGAAAAUAAAAAAGUAAGUCAUAUAAAUUAAACUAAUGGGAACCAAAAUAUAGAGGAAAAUCAGUAAGUAGACUUAAAGCGAUCAGAAAAUAAUUUUAAUGAGGACUAAUAAAAAGGAAUUGUGCAUGGCUAAAAUAACACUAUAAAUAUACCCUAGGAUCAGUUAAAACAAAUUAAACCAUCUGAAAAUAAGGAGGUUUAAGUUCAGGAAGAGAAUUAAUAACAGAAAAUUAACCACCCUAAAGAAACACAAGAUAUGGAUUCCAAUGUAAAAAUAAUAUGA